AUGAAUCGCAAGAAGAUUUUCAUACGGUAUCUACAAGAAAUGCAACCGAAUAGAAUAGCUAUACCAAAAAAACCAUCUUACUGGUGUUUUCAAGCGGAUGAAAUUUUUUAUAACUGUUCACAAGAAGAAGUGUACCGCGUUACGAGCGAGGAUCUUGUACCAAAAAUUUUAGAUGGUGUGAAUUGUAUUUUAAUCGGCUACGGGCAAACAGGUUCUGGGAAGAGCUUUACUAUGAGCGGUCUCCGAAACAACUGGGAACACAGAGGCCUGGUCCCGCGACUUUUGACCCAAAUGUUUGCUGAAAAGGCGAAACGAAAAAAAGUCAGCAAAAUAGAAUACUGUAUCAGCUUUAUUGAGAUUUUUGGAAAAGAAACGAAAGAUUUGUUACUCUCUAAUACGGAUAAUAACAAAGUGAAGAUAAACGAGCGAGAACCGUUCAAGGAAAUCUCCGUGAUACCUGUGAACGAUGAAAACGAAUGUCUGAAAAAACUCUUUGAAGGAGAAAUUAGGAGAUCGAUUGCAAUAGGAUCGACUUAUCCAGCCUCUCAUUUAUCCAUGUCUGUGAUUACUUUUCACGUAUCUAAUCUCAGUUUAAUAACAUCAUGGGGUAUUGUAACGACAGCCAAAAUACAUAUUGUGGAAACAGCUGGUACAGGAACAGUAGGAAAGAAUAAUUGCUGGAAAACAGCGGCAGAUAUUGGUAUGGCGAAUUUAAUGAAAACUCAGCUGGAGCAAUUCUUUUCACAUAUAGAAAGUCCAGCCACUAUUAAUAUAUCACGCUCCAAUAAUUUGUUCAAGAUUUUAGGAAAUGCUUUUUCAGUUUCAUCUAUAAUUCGGUUUAUAUCUCAUAUUCGAAUCACGGAAGAGGAUCUCGACAUCACACUAUCAACUUUACGACUAACCAACGAAGUUAAUGUUUUGAAGAAGGAGCUGAUGUUGAACAAUUUGAUUUUAAAUCAAGAAGCGCUGAUGAAUAUUUCCAAGGCUCGGAUGGAACAAAUUAACCGGAGUAUAUUAAGUUUUUUAAACGACAAGAUUUCGGACUUCACGCUGUUUAGUAUGUCCCAGGCCCAAGUAUUGUUAAAGUGUAUCAAGGAUUUAUAUAACAGAUUAACCGCCAAGGAAGUUGAAGUUGAAAAAUUAAAAGAGACGUAUGAAAAUUUAAUCAAAAUCGUGCCGGAAGUUAGUUCAACAGGAACUUUACCCAAGGUAUUAUCGAUUCAAUAUUUACAUUUUUUUUAA